AUGGCUAUAUUUCCUAUUGUAGACAGACUAAUCCAAGUGAAACAAAAAAAGUAUGAAUGUAUGGCACAAUUAAGUGCUUCUCAAAUCAUGUUAGCUGGUUGUCAUAACAUGGUUCAACCUGUAUUGUUCGCAAACAUACUCAACAUAACAUGUGCUUUGUCUAUGGAACUGGGAAAGAUAACCCAGGAACUGAACCAAUUAGAAUACAUUCAUGUUGUCAUUUUACAUGGCACGCUUCCCUAUUGA